AUGGAGCCAGAGGUCAGCGUGAAUUCCAGAAACUGUGACAGAGCUUACCUCACCAGAUGUGAUUUUAACAAUAACUCAAGGCCAUUCUGUGACUGGACCCAGCCUUGCAAUGUCAACCAGGGAGUGUGGAUACGAACAAAGCAUGACACUCCAACUCAUGGAACAGGUCCUGAUGGAGACUAUCCUGAUGGAAAUGGUUAUUUCAUCUACCAAGAAGCGAGUAAUCUGAUCCCCUUUGACACUAACAGGCUGGAGAGCCCAGACAUUGUAGUUUCUGGAAAAAUAUGCAUAGACUUCUGGUACUACAUGUUUGGAACAGAAGAGAUGAAUGAGCUGAGAGUGCUUGUCCAAAAUGGCACAGGGGAGUCUGUGGUGUGGUAUCGGAAGGGAAACCAGAGUUCCUUCUGGGAAUAUGGUGCCAUCAAUCACACUUUUCCAACACAGAGAAAGAUAAAGGUGAUUUUUGAGGCUGUCCGAGGAUUUACAGAGUAUGGGGAUACAGCACUGGACAACGUGAGAGUAAGGGAUGGGCCCUGUGAAGCUAUUUGCAGUAUUCAUGGGGAUCCCCACUACAACACCUUUGACAAGCAACGUCAUGACUUCAUGGGCACCUGCACCUACACCCUCUCCAAGCUGUGUGAGAGUAACAGCUCCUUGCCCUACUUCAAUGUGGAAGCAGCCAAUGAGCACCGGGGAGGCAACACCCGUGUGUCCUAUGUCCAGUAUGUGGACAUUGAUGUCUAUGGCUACAGGAUCAACCUUGGUCAAAAAAGAGCUGUUAAGGUCAAUGGAGUCAGCCAGGUGGUCCCUGUGACCUUGGUCCCAGGUGUCAGUAUCUACCUCAGCGGGCAGUAUGUUGUGGUUACUACUGACUUUGGGCUGCAAGUCAAGUUUGAUGGAAAUCAGAGAGCAGAAAUCACUCUUCCCAGUACCUAUAUGUCUAAAGUCUGUGGAAUAUGUGGAAAUUACAACGGGCAAAAAGCAGAUGACUUUCUCAACCCAGAUGGAGAGAUGGAAGCAAACUCAACCAGCCUUGGCAACAGUUGGCAGGUUUACAAUGACUCCAGGUGCUCACCAGAUGAUGGCCAUACUCCAAACUGCACUGAUGAUGAAAAGCACAUGAUCCAAAGCAAUGCAUACUGUGGUCUGAUCACAGAUCCAAAUGGUCCAUUCCAGAAGUGCCACUCAGUGGUCGAUCCACAGAGUUAUUUUGAAGAUUGCCAGUAUGAUCUCUGUGAACUCCACCUGAACAAUGCAGCCCUCUGUGAAAGCCUACAGGCUUAUGCAGACGUGUGCCAAGCUGCAGGAGUCCAGCUGCUACCAUGGAGAAAUGAAACCUUUUGCCCAUUAGCUUGUCCGGCCAACAGUCACUACGAGCCCUGUGCUGCAGCUUGCCCUGCCACCUGUGUUGACCCCCUGGCUCCCGAUACCUGCAGCCUGCCCUGCGUGGAGGGCUGUGUGUGCGACAGCGGGUACCUGCUCUACAAUGACCGCUGCGUGCCCAGCCAGCAGUGCGGGUGCUGGCACAACGGGCAGCACUACCCCGUGGGCUCCGAGUUCUGGACGGACGACAGCUGCUCCUCCAAGUGUGUGUGUCCUGCACGGGGAAGCAAAGUCCAGUGCUUCAAUGCCUCCUGCCCUGCGGGCCAGUACUGCGGGGUGCAGAACGGGAAACCUGUGUGCCUCGAACACUCCUACGGCAUCUGCCACGUCCACGGCGACCCCCACUACAAAACCUUUGACAAGGUGACGCACAACUUCAUGGGCAACUGCACCUACACCCUGGCCAAAGUGUGCUCCAACACCAGCUCCCUGCCCUACUUCAACGUGGAGGCCAAGAACGAGCACCGGGGCAACACCCGAGUGUCCUACGUGCGCGAAGUCGCGGUUGAGGUGUACGGACAGCGCAUCGUCAUGGUCAAGCAGCAGACGAGCCACGUGCUGGUGAACAACGUGCGGCAGACGCUGCCCGUGAGUGCAGCGGGAGGGGCCGUCACGGUGAGCAAGAGCGGCCGCUACAUCGUCCUGGAGACAGACUUCCGCCUCAGAGUGUCCUACGACGCUGACCACUCGGUGGAGGUGAAGGUGCCCACCACCUACUUCAACCUGACCUGUGGCAUGUGUGGCAACUUCAACAACCGCAGAGACGACGAGUACAUGAUGCCCAACGGGCAGCAAGCCGCAGACUCCAAUGCGCUGGGACAGAGCUGGCAGGUCCCAGACAGUGACCCCUCCUGCGGUGUCCCUGUCCCCUCCCCACCCUGCAGCGCAGAAGAGGAGCAGCUCUACCGCUCCGACCAGUUCUGUGGCUUACUGACCACCAGGCCUAGCUCUUUUGACAGUUGCCACGGCGUGAUCAACCCCCAGGACUACUUUGACACCUGCCUGUAUGACCUCUGUGCCCUGAAUGGUGGCCAGGAGUUCCUGUGUGCUGCUCUGGAGGCCUAUGCUGACGCGUGCCAGGCAGCUGGUGUGACUCUUCUUCCCUGGAGAAAUACCACCUUCUGCCCCCUGCAGUGUCCUCCCAACAGCUACUAUGAUCCCUGCAUGACCGGCUGUCCUGCCACCUGUGUUGACCAACAAGCCCCACAGAACUGCUCCAAGCCUUGUGUGGAGGGCUGUGCAUGUAGCUCUGGCUUCCUCCUCAGCGGAGACACCUGUGUGCCCGAGGCCAACUGCGGCUGCCUCUUUGAGGGCAACUACUAUACUGAAGGCGAAUCCUUCGUGAAUGACAACUGCACUCGCCAGUGCCGCUGUGAAGCCAAAGGCCAGAUGGUUUGCUCUGCCCUGUCCUGUGGCGAGGACGAGGUCUGCAAGAUCCAGGAUGGCCAGAGGGGCUGUUACCCAGCCAGCACUGCCAUCUGCCACGUCUACGGUGACCCGCAUUACAGCACCUUUGAUGGGAAGCUCCACCACUUCCAGGGCUCCUGCAACUACACAGUGGUGACGGGCUGUGACAACUCCUCCGUUGGCUUCAGUGUCACCACCCGCAACGAACAUCGCGGCAGCCAGAGCUGGACAGCUCUGGACUCUGUGGCACUGUCCCUCCGAGGCCUCCACAUUGCUCUGCGCGAGCACAAGGCAGUCUACAUCAACGGUGCUCUGGUCUCCCUGCCUGCUUCUCCGGCCCCCGGUGUGAGCAUUUCCCUGAGCGGCUCCUAUGUGAGGGUUUCUACCAAGCUGGGCCUGCAGCUGCAGUUCAAUGGGGACCAUGAGCUCCUAGUGAAGGUGUCUGAGAAAUACAAGGGCAAACUCUGUGGCCUAUGUGGGACGUACACUGGGAGCCAGCAGGACGACUUCAUGCGACCCGAUGGGGUGGUUGUACCCGACUUCAACGACUUUGGAGCCAGCUGGAGGGUGCCAGAUGCUGAGUGGCCGUGUGACCCAACCAUCAGCCCGCCUGCAUCCUGCUCCCCUGCUGAAGAGGAGGCAGCUAACAAGCAGUGCUCAAUCCUCACACAGCUCAGUGGCCCGUUCCAGCCGUGCCAUGCAGUUCUGCCACCCGAGACAUACUUUGAGAGCUGUGUCUAUGACCAGUGUGCCACGGAUGGCAGCACGGAGCAGCUCUGCAAUGACCUGGGGGCUUACGCUGCAGCCUGUGCUGAGGCGGGCGUUGAUCUGGGAGACUGGAGUGCUGGCACUGUCUGUGCUCCACCAACUGACUGUAAUUUUGCCUGCACCUUCGAGAAGGACUUCUGUGGUUGGGUCCAGGAAGAUUACAGCAGCAUUGACUGGAUAAGGAACAAAGGCCCAACGCCCACGCCAAAUACCGGCCCAUCCUCUGACCACACAACAGGAGAUGGCUACUACAUCUUCCUGCAAGGGGGUGAUGAUGCUCUCCCUGGCUUUGUGGCUCACCUGGUCAGUCCGGUGUGCAGCUGGGAAGGAACAGUCUGCUUCCGCUUCUGGUACCACAUGUACGGAACUGCUCAAACAAUGGCCCUGGGCGUUUACGUGAAGAAGGAUGGUGAGCAAGUGCUGGUCUGGAAGAAAGCUGGGAACCAAAACGACACGUGGCACUUGGGACAGGUCACGGUGCACACCACAGGAAACAUGCAGAUUUUGCUGGAGGGAGAAUGGGGUGAAGAUGUGCGGAGCAACAUAGCGUUGGAUGAUAUCUCCAUUGAAAAGGGAUCCUGUGUAUCAGAUCCACCGACACCAACACCCACGGUCCCCCUGCCAGGUACCACAACGCAGCCUGUACUCACCACCUCACCAACCAGACCCACACCGAGCUCAGAUCCAUCGACACCAACAUCCACGCUCCCCCUGCCAGGUACCACAACGCAGCCUGUACUCACCACCUCACCAACCAGACCCACACCGAGCUCAGGUCCACUUCCUACUACGUCUCCUACUCCACUGCCUAACAUUACAACACAGACACCACCAACACCACCACCUGGGGUGACCUCAGAUCGUGCUUCCUGCAGCGCCUCUGGGGACCCACAUUACAACACUUUUGACCACAAAGUCCAUAAUUUCAUGGGAAAUUGCACUUACACCCUCUCCAAAGUGUGCACUGUCUCUGAGAGUCUUCCAUACUUUGAUGUGUCCACAACAAAUGAGCACAGAGGAGCCAACACCAAAGUCUCUUAUGUGAAGUCAGUGCAUGUGGAAGUCUAUGACAAUCAGAUUUCUCUGCUGAAAAACAAGAAAGUGAAUGUGAAUGGUUACAGAAUGAACUUGCCUGUAUUUAUUGAAAAGAAGAUCAGUAUUCAAAGCAGUGGUGGAUAUGUUCUCUUGGAAACUGACUUUGGACUGUGGGUGAGAUAUGAUGGAAAUCAUUAUGCAGAAGUCUCUGUGCCCUCUAAUUACAGUGGUCUGCUCUGUGGCCUCUGUGGUAAUUAUAAUGGUGAUCCAAAUGAUGACAAUAUCAAGCCCAAUGGUGACAUUGCAAGUGGUUCCACUGAUCUUGGAGAAAGCUGGCAGGUGCCUGAGAAUAACACCAUAUGCUCCAGUGGUGGGACAGAAGAGCAAUGUGAUCCUGUGUUGGAGAGUGAAGCAAAGAAAAACACAGCAUGUGGCAUGAUCACAGACCCUACAGGAAUCUUCAAGGACUGUCACUCCAAGGUGCCUCCACAGAAUUUCUUUGAAAACUGUGUUUAUGACAUGUGUUUCACUGGGGGACAGGCAACCUCCUUAUGCUAUGGACUGCAGGCCUAUGCUGAGUCAUGUGUCAAUGCUGAGAUAUGCAUAGAAUGGAGGAAUGCUACUCUUUGCCCAAUGUCCUGUCCUGGAGGCAGCAUCUACAAGAGCUGUGGUACUAGGUGUCCCUCUACCUGUUUGAACAUCUCAUCAGCUGAUUCAUGCAGUUCUUUGCCAGUGGAAGGUUGCUUCUGUAAGGAAGGCUAUGUUUUGAGUGGAGACAAAUGUGUGCCAGAAAGCAACUGUGGUUGUGUUGAUGAAAAAAACCAGUAUCACCAGCUGGAUGAAAGCUGGUUCACCCGUUACCCCUGCACUGAGCGCUGCACCUGCAAGGCCAAUAACACCAUAGAGUGCAAAUCCUGGGAGUGUGGAGUCCAAGAGGAGUGCAGUAUUCAGGAUGGUGUGCUGGGCUGCCAUUCCAAUGGUCAAGCAACAUGUCAAGUGGUAGGAGAUCCCCAUUAUUUCACUUUUGAUGGAAUGAAGUACACUUUUGUGGGAACCUGCACCUACACUUUGGUUGAGGUUGUCAGCACUGCCACCAAUGUCAUUCCUAUAACCAUACUUGGCAAGAAUGAAGACAGGGGACUAAGAGGGGCCACAUACCUGAAAGAAGUCUACGUGGAUGUGCAUGGCAUACGAAUCACCCUUCAGAAAAAACAAGGAAUCCUGCUGAACAAUGAGAGAGUCUACACUCCAGUGCAGAACCGACUGCCAGGUGUGUCCAUUGGAAAUGUUGGCAGAUUUAUAGUACUGGAAACUGACUUUGGUGUGACAGUGAAAUAUGAUGGCAAUCAUCAUCUGGAAAUCACCCUCCCACGCUCUUAUUUCUCACAGGUGCAUGGUAUGUGUGGCAAUUUCAAUGGUAAUCGUGAAGAUGAUCUGUCCUUGACCAAUGGUACACUUGUCACUGCCCCACAGUUUGGAAAUAGCUGGGAAGUGGAGACAGACAGCGAUAAGGGUUGCUUGCCAGAUUUAAGUGAAGAUGACAAUCCUCCUUGCACUGCUGAGAAUAAACAACCCAUUGAAAGACAGUGCAAUGUUCUAAAAUCAGACAAAUUCAAAGAAUGCCAUAGUCUAGUCAACCCUGAUGACUUCAUAGAGAUCUGCAUCUAUGAUAUGUGCCAGUAUGAUGGUAUGAAGUCCGCUCUCUGUGACAUCGUUCAAGUCUAUGUGGACACCUGCAAGAACCAUGGAAUCACCAUUAAAUGGAGGAAUAGCACAUUCUGUCCACUGCCCUGCCCAUCCCGGAGCCGCUACACAGAGUGUGUCUCUCCCUGCCCAUCAACAUGCAGUGACAUUUUUGCCUCUUCCCUUUGUGAGAAGACAGAAGAGUGCACAGAAGGCUGUGAAUGUGAUGAUAAUUAUGUGCUCAGCAAUGGCAACUGUGUGCCUCUCAGCAGCUGUGGCUGCAGGGAUGAUGACAACAAUUACUACACCGCUGGGGAGACAUGGCUAACUCCACACUGCACCAAAAGAUGCCAGUGCCAGAAGAAUGGUGUCAUCAGUUGCAAGAGCUAUAGCUGUGAUUCUAGAGAAACCUGCGUGAUCAAAAAUGGAAAGCACAAGUGCAAUCCAACAGGUUUUGGGAAAUGCCAAGUGAUGGGUGACCCACACUACGUAACCUUUGAUGGGCUGGUGCACCACUUCCAAGGGAAAUACACAUAUAUUCUGGCUCAGACCAUCCCUGACCUACCUGACACCCUGGCACAGUUCAGCAUUGAAGGCACGAACUAUCCUUUGCGUGGAAGUCGACACAUUACUUACCUGAAAGAGAUGCUCAUCAAUGUUUACAACCACACAGUGCGGUUCAGGCAGAACAAGCAGGUUCUGUUGGAUGGUGUGAGGGUGAGACCCCCAGUUCGACCUCAUGAGGGUAUUCGUAUAUAUCAGAGGACAACAAGAAUUUACCUGGAGACAGAUUUUGGCUUAUACCUGAGCUUUGAUGGCAAUCAAAAUGCAGACAUAAAGCUGGCUACCACCUACAGAAGCAGAGUGGAAGGCUUAUGUGGUGACUUUGAUGGGGGAUACAGAAAUGACUUUAAAAAUCCAAAUGGUGUUUGGGUGCGGAACGUGAAUGUGUUUGGUGAAAGUUGGAAAGUUCCCCUGAAAAGAAGCUCUCGUCUCAGACGAGAUGUCAUCUCAGAAAAUGAGUCUGAGGAGGAACCAGAUCCAGGACUUUUCCAAGGCUGCAAUGAAAAUCAGCUGGAGCAGCAAAACACAACUACAAAGUGUCAAAUCCUGACUCACUCUAAUGGUCCUUUUGCCAAGUGUCAUUCUACAGUCGAACCAGGUUUCUAUUUCACGAGCUGCCUGUUCGAUAUGUGUGUGGAAGGAGAUGAGGUCGCUACCUUGUGUCGCAGUCUGGAGGAAUAUGUGCUGGCUUGUCAGCAGCAAGGAGUCAGCAUGGAUGGCUGGAGGCAACAGUCAGAGUGUGCUCUGCCAUGUCCUGCCAACAGCAAGUACAGCUCAUGCAUGUCUGCAUGCCCAGCGUCCUGCAACGACCUGACCAGCCCCUCUGAGUGUGAAUCACCCUGUGUUGAAGGCUGUGAAUGUCUCCCUGGUUAUGUUCUUAGUGGCUUUGACUGUGUGCCUUACAAACAGUGUGGCUGCACAUAUCUUAACAAAUACUAUGAGAUUGGAGAAAAAUUCACCACUGAUGACUGCUCUCAGAAAUGCCAAUGCACAGAAAGCUCCACUGUUUCCUGCACUGAUGUAGUGUGUGGGUCGGAUGAAAUCUGUGGCGUUUCAAACUACAGUCGUGGAUGCUACAGGAGCGGCCCAUGUAUGCCAAAUCCUUGUAAGAAUGAUGGCAUUUGCUCUGAAACUUCCAACGGCCCCUCCCUCUACUUCUGUGAAUGUUCAGAACUCUACACAGGACCAAACUGUGAGGCUGAAAAAUUAGUUGUAGAGCCUGACACAGAGGAUUCGAACAACACAGUUGCCAUUGUCAUCGGAGUUGUGGCAGGUGUAGUUGUUAUUGUCAUUCUCAUCUCCUCCACUGUAUACCUGUUCAGAAGGAAGAGAAAGGUGUAUUCAGCUACAGUAUCAAGGGAUUCUUCUUUUAAGUGGUCCAGGGAUGAAUCAAAUGCCAGAGUACGUGAGCAAGACUAUGGCUGCAUCGUGAACAGAGCAUUUGAUCAAAAUGAAUCCCCAAAUACACACCUAUAA